UCGGCCGCUCCCUCCCUCCCGCUACUAAAACCAACGCGCACUGCCUAGCCGCUCACUUCGCUACCGCCUCCGCGCCUGCUUUCGUCGUGGGUCGGCGCGUGUUCCUGCUCCAUGGCGCUCCUCGUGCAGUUGCUGACCCUGACUCUGGCACUGGCUCUGGGCCCCACCGCGACCCUGGCAGGCCCCGCCAAGUCGCCCUACCAGCAGGUUCUGCAGCACAGUCGGCUCCGGGGUCGCCAACACGGUCCCAAUGUAUGCGCUGUACAGAAGGUCAUUGGAACCAACAAGAAAUACUUCACCAACUGCAAGCAGUGGUACCAGAGGAAGAUCUGCGGCAAGUCCACAGUCAUCAGUUAUGAGUGCUGUCCUGGAUAUGAGAAGGUCCCAGGAGAGAAAGGCUGUCCAGCAGCUCUCCCGCUUUCUAACCUCUAUGAGACUCUGGGAGUCGUCGGAUCGACCACCACGCAGCUGUACACAGACCGCACGGAAAAGCUGAGGCCUGAGAUGGAGGGACCCGGCAGCUUUACCAUCUUUGCCCCUAGCAACGAGGCCUGGGCUUCCUUGCCUGCGGAAGUGCUGGAUUCCCUGGUAAGCAACGUCAACAUCGAACUGCUCAACGCCCUCCGCUACCAUAUGGUGGAUAGGCGGGUCCUGACCGAUGAGCUGAAGCAUGGCAUGGCCCUCACCUCCAUGUACCAGAAUUCCAACAUCCAGAUCCAUCACUAUCCCAACGGGAUUGUAACCGUGAACUGUGCCCGGCUGCUGAAAGCUGACCACCAUGCAACCAACGGUGUGGUGCAUCUCAUUGAUAAGGUCAUUUCCACCAUUACCAACAAUAUUCAGCAGAUCAUUGAGAUUGAAGACACCUUUGAGACCCUUCGGGCUGCUGUGGCUGCAUCAGGACUCAAUACCCUGCUGGAGGGUGAUGGUCAUUACACACUCUUAGCUCCAACCAAUGAGGCCUUUGAGAAGAUCCCUGCUGAGACCUUGAACCGGAUCCUGGGUGACCCAGAGGCCCUGAGAGACCUGCUAAACAACCACAUCCUGAAGUCAGCCUUGUGUGCCGAGGCCAUUGUCGCUGGAGUGUCCAUGGAAACCCUAGAGGGCACCACACUGGAGGUGGGCUGCAGUGGAGACAUGCUCACCAUCAAUGGGAAGGCUGUCAUCUCCAACAAAGAUGUCAUGGCCACCAACGGUGUUAUCCAUUUCAUUGAUGAGCUGCUCAUCCCAGAUUCUGCCAAGACACUUCUUGAGCUGGCUGCAGAAUCUGACGUGUCCACAGCCAUUGACCUCCUCAGACAAGCUGGCCUCAGCUCACAUAUCUCUGGAAAAGAGCACUUGACCUUCCUGGCCCCGCUGAAUUCUGUGUUCAAAGAUGGUGCCCCUCACAUUGAUGCCCAAAUGAAGACAUUGCUUCUGAACCAUAUGGUCAAAGAGCAACUGGCUUCCAAGUAUUUGUACCAUGGACAGACACUGGACACCCUGGGUGGCAAAAAACUGCGAGUUUUUGUUUAUCGAAACAGCCUCUGCAUUGAAAACAGCUGCAUUGCUGCCCAUGACAAGAGGGGACGCUAUGGGACCCUGUUCACCAUGGACCGGAUGCUGACCCCCCCAAUGGGGACCGUUAUGGAUGUCCUGAAGGGGGACAGUCGUUUUAGCAUGCUGGUGGCCGCUAUCCAGUCUGCAGGACUGAUGGAGACCCUCAACCGGGAAGGGGUCUACACUGUUUUUGCUCCCACAAAUGAAGCUUUCCAAGCCAUGCCUGCAGAUGAACUGAACAAACUCUUGGCAAAUGCCAAGGAACUUACCAACAUCCUGAAAUACCACAUUGGUGACGAAAUCCUGGUUAGUGGAGGCAUUGGAGCCCUGGUGCGGCUGAAGUCUCUCCAAGGCGACAAGCUGGAAGUUAGCUCGAAAAACAAUGUGGUGAGUGUCAAUAAGGAACCUGUUGCCGAAACUGACAUCAUGGCCACCAAUGGUGUGGUCUAUGCCAUCAACAGUGUUCUGCAGCUGCCAGCCAACCGACCACAAGAACGAGGAGAUGAGCUGGCAGACUCUGCCCUUGAAAUCUUCAAACAGGCAUCAGCAUUUUCCAGGGCUGCCCAGAGGUCCGUGAGGCUCGCUCCUGUCUAUCAGCGGUUACUGGAGAGGAUGAAGCAUUAGCAGGAGGUACCAAGGAGGAGUGUACGGCAGCAGCUCCCUGCCACUUUCUCUCAGUUUGCCAAAGAGACCAUUGAAUGUUUUUGAAACCAAAUCACACUUCAACAUACAUGGGCUGCACCGUAUUGAGAUCUGAGCCUUGGACAGGUAGGGAAGGGAUAGAGGAGAGGCAGGAUUUUGUUUUUGUUUUGUUUUUUAGAUUUUGAUCCCUCUAAACAUGGUUGUUGACCCACUGAACAUACAGACUACCUGGCUCUGACCUCCAGAAAGGACCUCUCCAAAGCAUGGACUUUUCUGACUGUGCAGAGGGCCUGAAAAAGGGAACUGCAGCAUUUUGGAGCUCACAAAUGUGAAUCAAGCAGUUCCACAUUCUGGAAAGCCCUGGCAUGUUUCUGUAAAGCUCUUGUACAGCUGGAGAAAUGGCAUCACUAUAAGCUAUGAGUUGAACUGUUUCUGUCAGAUGUGUCUUGUAUCCACACAUGGCUUGGACACUUCUAUAUGGCCCUGCCCAGGUAGAAAAGAAAGGGUAUAUAGAACAUGUAGAAUACAGAUUUCCUGAGUGCGAUGGAGCCAUGGUGUAUUUGUAAUAAUAAAAACCAAAGAGAUUUA